AUGGUACCGUCGUACCGCCAUGGUGUGCUUAUCAACAACUACAGUGAGGAUCUCUUCGGAGUCGAUCUGUAUAAAAAGAGGUUGAGUGGGCAGCUAGUUGAAGACCCCCAAGUCAUCGCGGCAAGGCAGUGCUCGAUGUCGCAUUGGGCCCAUCGGUGGCAACCAAUUGAGCCUCAUAGCUCGGUACCAGACGCGCAGACGGCCGAGGCUCAGGAUAGAAGGUUAUGCGUUCCACAGCAUUUGCUGUUUGGGCAUGCUGGUGACGUUAAUAAGGACCCGAGGAGGAAUUUGCAGAGGAGGGAGUUUUACACUAGUCAUCAGUUUUUCUAUCAGAACCCAGACACUGGAGGGAAAAUUAAACAAGUGCAUAGAAAGCCGAGUGAGCUCUUCCAGGCAAACCCUGAAAAUCUGGGGGAGCACGCGCCGGUCUUGACGAGUUUGGUUGAGCGAAGUCGUAGUAGAUGGGCUGAAGAAGUGGCAGAGGAGCGGUUCGCAACCACGAAUUCGCUUAGUUAUCGGGGAGCAAAUUCGAGCGCAUCAGAAGGUACAUCUCGUCACCCUAAGAAGACGGGUGAGUUCACAGCGACUGUCCGCAAGAACUACCAUAAGAUCGGCUUACGUGAGGCUGGAGCCGCUGGUUGA